AUGUCUACUCAAGUAGAAGCAAACCCAACUCAAGAGGUGAAUCAACAUGAGCCUAUAGAUUCAACUCAAGCAGAAGCACACCCAACUGAAGCAAAUGAAGAUGAAGACCCAGUUCUUGGGAGAAAGAGGAAAAAAACAAGUAAAAUUUGGGAGGAUUUUGAUUUAGUUAAAAUUAAAGGUGUUAUGAAAGGUGUCUGCAAAUACUGUAAGAGUAAGUUUGCUUACACUGGAACAGAAGCUAGCACUGGUGCUAUGUGGAGACACAUUGAUGCUUGCAUAAAAAGGAAAUUGCAUAUGAGUACCGAAAAGAGACAAACCACUAUUCCAUUUCAGCCUUCAAAUGCAGUUAAUCCCUUUAUUGUUCCUGGUGCUAGAUACUGUAACGAAAAGAUGAGGGAAAUAAUGGCAACUGCUAUGAUGGUUCAUGAGAAUCCUUUUAAUGCUGCCGAACAUCAGAUUUGGGUGUGGGCCUUCGAAUAUGCAAAUUCUGAAUUUCGCAAAGUUUCACAUAAAACUGCAAGAAAUGAUUGUGUGGCACUAUAUGAGAAGGAGAAGAAAAUUUUGAAGACACAAUUGGAAAGUGUGAGCAAGAUUAGUUUAACUACAGAUAUGUGGAGAUCUAGCCACCAAGUAGUUGAAUAUAUGGUCAUAACAGGACAUUUCAUUGAUGUAGGGUGGAAUCUAAACAAAAGAGUUUUGAGUUUUGUGAAAGUGUCUGCACCUAGGCGUGGUAUUGAUGUUGCCGAUGCGAUUUAUAAAUGUUUGAAGACUUGGGGGAUUGAAAAUAAGGUUUUUUCAGUAUCUGUUGAUAAUGCUUCUUACAACGAUUCAUGUUAG